AUGGAAACUAAAAAUUUAUCUUGUCUUAAUAAUAAAAGAGAUAAGGAAGUUUCUAUUCCAAGUGAUGUUAUUAAAUUUAUCGUUUAUUUUAAGAAAUUAUUUGAUAGCCAAAAUGUUAAUGAAUUGCAAUUAAUUUAUGAUCAAGGUUUUACUGAUAUAACAGAAAAAUAUUUUAUAAAAAGUUCAUGGCCUAAUCCAUCUUUAGUUGAAGAAAUAAUAUCUUAUCCCAAAGAUAAUUUUAUGAUUAUUUAUAAGGAAUUUUAUUAUAGAGAUAAUUACUAUAGAAGUAAUAAAAAAUUACUUUCAGUUACCAGUCAAUAUGAAUCAUUUAUGAAUUUAAAUAAUUUUUUUUCUUUGUUAUUAAAUGAUAAUGAAGACAAUACAUUAUCUACUAAUUUUUUAUUACCAGGAAACUGGAUUUGGGAUAUUAUUGAGGGUUUUAUAAAUCAAUAUGUUACUUACUGUUAUUACAAAGCUAAUCCAUCAUUAAGAACUCCUGAAGAAAAUAAAAAAUUGAAGGAAAUUGAAAAGAAUGAAAUAUGUUGGAAUAUUUAUACUGUUCUUAAUAUACUUUAUUCACUUAUAUGUAAAAAUCAAAUUAAUGAGCAACUUAUAGCAAUUAGAGAUGGAAAAAAUCCUGAUGAUGUUGCAAAUGAUUAUGGUAAAAAUGAUCUUUAUUUUAAGAUUGGAUACUUUUCUAUUAUUGGACUUUUUCGUCUUCAAGUACACCUUGGUGAUUAUAAUGAAGCAUUAAAAAUAAUUGAAAAUGUUAUUCUUGAAGAUAAUAGUUUAUUUAGUACUGUUCCAAGUUGUUGUAUUACCGUUUAUUAUAAUAUUGGUUUUUGUCAUAUGAUGAUAAGAAAUUAUAAUGAAGCAAUUAAUGUGCUUGAAAUAUGUUCAUUGUAUAUUCAAAAAAUUAUUAAUUUGUAUACUUUACAAAAUUUGGGUAAUUAUAAAAAAAGUAUAGAAAUUGAAAUUUUUUAUAAAUAUCAUGAAAAAAUUUUAAUAUUGUUAGCUAUUUGCUUAACAAUAACACCAAAAAAAAUUGAAGAUUCUGUUAUGACACUAUUACAAAAAAAAUAUAAUGAAGAAUACAAUAGAAUGAUGAAUGGAGAAAUAAAUGAAUAUAAAAAAUGUUUUAUAAUUGGUGCACCAAAAUUUGUUUCACCAAAUAAUAUUAUUUAUGAGGGAAAUAGUAUUUCAAGGGAAGCACUUCAACGUCAAUGUUCUGUAUUUAUUGAUGGUAUGAAAGGUCAAAUUUGGACACCAGUUAUAAGAAGUUAUUUGAAAUUAUAUAACACACUUAGUAUUGAUAAACUUGCCCACUUAAUGAAUUUAUCAUGUGAUGAUGUAACGUUAUUAUUAAUGAAUUAUAAAAAAUCUACAGGUAGUAUUGGUAAAGAAAUUGAUGAGAUAAAGAAUGAUUAUGAUAAUAUAACAUUAGAUUUGGAUUUUCAUAUUGAUGAUAAAAUUGUUAAAGUUGCUGAUAUUCGUUUUACUCGUAAUUUAGCAGACUACUUUUUCAAAAAUUCAUUAAAAUUUAAGGCUUUAACAGUUAAGGCUAAAGCAAUUAAUUUGAAUAAGAGAAGCACUAUUAUUAAUAGAAAUGAAGAUAGAAAUGGAUAUAAAAACUUUAACAAAUUCAUUUGUAUUUAA